GUACACGAGCAAGGGCGGGGCUCCACCGUUGCACAACAACAACGGCUUGCUUUGCGUUAAAAACAGGUGAUCCGAUCGAUUUGAGGAUCAUUAUGGUUCGUCAGGGCUAUGAAUUGAGUAAAACAUGAUUCAAGAGAUUGUCUGAAAGGUAAGUGUCAUUCCUGUUCGGAUAUAGCAUGUUUGGUAAAGAAAGCUGCUUUUAUCUUGUCAUUCAGAUAGUGUCCUUGCAUAACUCGCUGUUUAGCAUUCUGAAUUUUCAGAGAUAAAGUGCAGGAUUAUUGGACUAUAUUUGACUCUGUAUUUCAAAUUUCGAAGUACUAUCCGAAAAUAAUAACGAAAAAGUAAGAAAUAGUUCGCUACAAUUUAUUUUAAAUGGACUGAAUCAAAAUUUAGUGAGUUGUUAGUUCUGUCUGAGGAGUGUGAAUGCCAUAUGUUUCCUCUGCACAGUGUUUUUGUUAAAGUGAGAAACUUUUUACUCAUCUCUUUGAUAUGCUUUAUUAAAACCACACUUAAGAAUCAUAAAAAAUAUAGAAAGUAUUGCAUAUGUUAAUAUCUGAUUCAUAUUUAUAUGUACAGUAAACAUAUUCAUGAAACAUGUUGUCUGUCUUUUUCCAUGUACUCUAUGACCACACGUCAAAGCACUUUGUAAACUUCUCUUUUUAAAAGUGCUAUACAAAUAAAGUUAUUAUUAUUUAUGUUAAUCUUGUCCCCUCUUUUCGUAGGGAAUAUCACAGCCCCCCCAAGAUGAAGGGUCUUUACCUGGUGGAGCCAGUGGUUGCUCUGUACGCUUUCUCUAGUUUUCUCAUCUAUCCUCUGGUGCAGCAGUAUGUGUACCGGAGGCUGUGGCAGCAGCUGACAAACACCACCUAUCCCAUCAAUGACAAUACCUCCAGAUGUGCAACCAACGGCAGCAGCAGCCAGUCAGCUUUCCAUCGGGUUAGUGAUUUAUUACAGUGUGAGAGUGAUCACAAAAUGUUCAUGAUAAGCUGUGUUUCAUAUGGUUUUUCUUCUACUCCGAGAACACUAACUGAUCUGAAAGUAAACGUUUCCAUCAGUUAAAUUAUUUUUAGACUUGUUUUAAAGAACUGUUCAAGAUUAGAAAAAAGCUGCCUUGGCUCUUUUGCAUAUUUUCCUCCUAUGCCAUUGACAUGCAUGUGACUCUGACUCAAUAACUGUUAUGUCAUGGGGUCUUAUGAUGGAAAAAAAAAUCUUACUGUCUGAAAAAAAAACAAAAAAACAAGCAAGGGCAAUCUUUUCUUCCUCAAAUACAGUUUUCUGCAGCAACUUUUAUGCAUGUUGACUCCUUGUCUAUCAUGACUCAGCAUAAUUUGUCCAAUGAUCCUUUCAAACCUCCUCUUGCAACACAGCUCAGGUAAAUAGAACCAAUUCAGCUACUCUGCUCUAGGGAAGACUCCUGGCUGAAGUUUAGUGUUCUGCUGACUGAUGGUUAAAGCAACUGUAUGAUAACCUUCUGAAUCAACUACAAAUUUAUUGUCAUAUAUCAACUCACAACAGUUAAAUCUGGGAUAAAUCUGCAAGUACUAAGUUAGUAGAACAAAAUUAAAGAAGUUUCUAUCAAAAAAAGACAUAUCAGAGACUUAGUUCUUUAUCACUCCAUUUGAAAAGAAGCUGACAUGUAAUAAGGAAGUGAGAACAAAUACAGUGAUCUGGAAAAGCCUGUUUUUGUCCAAAAAUAGCUCCUCCUGCACCUGUUGCUACAAAGACGUCUUUGUUCCGCCUGGCCCUGAUUCAGAGAGCCUCACUUGAAAUGUUAGCAAAAUUAGAUAAUCAAAUAUCUUGUUGUCACUUUGUCAGAUAGUUUCUGUCAACUUGACCAGGAUAAUUGUAUCUUGUUCUCUGAGUGUUGAAUGAAGAGUGUUUGUACAUGGUUUUUAUUCCUCAGCUUUUCUGUCUUUCUCUGCUUUCAGGAAGUACAGCAGCAAGCGUCCCUCUUCUCCCUCUACACCGAGCUCUUCUCCACUGUCCCCUCUUUGAUUGUCACCCUUAUGCUUGUGGCAUACAGCGACCGAGGAGGACGCAAGAUUACAAUCAUUAUGCCGUUGAUCGGCACGCUGCUCUACACGACAACCAUCCUGGCGGUGUCCUUCUUCGAGCUCAAUGUUUACCUGCUCAUCGGCUCCUCCCUCCUCAGCUCUCUGUUCGGCGGCUUGGGCACAUUUCUAGGAGGCUGUUUCGCCUACAUCGCGGACUUGUGUGAGGAUGAUCGGCAAAAGACUCUGCGCAUGGCUGGAGUGGAUAUGAUGAUAGGCCUGUUGUCGGGGCUUGCUGCUAUAUCAACGGGCUACUUCCUGAGAGCUGCAGGCUUUAACUGGCCGUUUGUGACCUCCGCUUUGUGUCAGUGUUUGAUUCUAUUAUAUGCCGUUUUUAUACUUGAAGAGACUGUGAAAAAACCUCCCAGAGAUGCCAUCACUUCAGGUGGAUCCGCUCAGCCUUCAGCUUUAAAACAGAUGCUCUACGGGGUCUACCAGAUGUUUGCAGGAGCCAGCCACAGGUGUAAAACUGUCCUAAUCCUCCUGAUACUCAUCUUUACCAGCUUCUCCUUUGCCUACAUGGGUGGAACCUCUCUUGUGACCCUUUAUGAGCUCAAUGAGCCGCUGUGCUGGACAGAGAUUCUGAUCGGCUAUGGUGCAGCACUGGCCACCACUGUGUUCCUGACCAGCUUUGUGGGAGUGUCAGUGUUCACUUACUGCGGUGUGCCACAGCUGGUUAUAGUCCUCAUGGGGAUCCUGUCAGUCCUUUCUGGCCUGAUCCUACUGGGAUUUACCAAGACCACUUUAGUCAUGUUUCUAGGUGAGAAAAACUUCCCUAACAAGUGUGUUACAAAAAGCAAUAUUGCGCUGCAACUUGACUCUCCUUUUGUUGAAAUGAAAUUGACGUAAGCUUGUGAAAGAGGUUUAUAGUUUCAAGGAAGGACAAAACAGAAUCAAAGCUUGUACCUUAAUUCUUAUAAACAGGGCCUCAUAACCUACCCCAUACCUCAUGUUAGAAACUGAUGCAGCGAUAUAACAAAGCAAAACAUACCAUAUGUAUGAACAAAGAUUUAAUAUUACACUUCACUUGUACAAACAUAACCACAUAUGAAUAAAAGGAUACAGUCUAGCUGCAAAAAAUAGUAAGGGAAACACUUAAGAUAGAGAAAUGCAUACAUAAACAAGCUAGUUGCUAAAGUGAAUGAUUGACAGCUCCUUUCCCAUCAACUUUACAAGGAGUAAAAGAUAAUCAUUACCGCUGUCAAGUCUGUUUUUAUGAGAAAAGUGCAAUGAUAAGAUGAUACAACAAAACUGUUAUCAUUGCACUCAGUCGUUAAAAAACACUAAAAGUUGUUGUUGUUGUAUAAUAUUUCGUGCAUCAUUAUCUGUUAUUUAACAUAUUUUCUGUUUCCCACAGUGCGGGUGCCGAUGUUCCUUGCUAUAAUGCCGUUCCCUGUUCUGCGCUCCAUGAUGUCAAAGAUCAUCUCGAAGUCUGAGCAGGGUGAGUGCUCGUCGAGUUUUGCAGAAGCCAGAGAGCCGUGUCUGUGUGUUUGUAGAGUCAGAGUCCACAAAGAGUUGUCUGCACCAGCAAAAAUCGAAAAAGCCCUUAAAAAACCAAGCACUCCAAGUUUCUGUUCCAUGGAGUGAGCAAUAAUUUUCAUGCUUGAUGUUCGGAGCACUGUGUUCUUAACCAUAUCACAUCUCUGAAGUAAAUCAUUUUCUUCUCUGUGGUGUGUUGUUUUGCAGGGGCCUUGUUUGCCCUCCUUUCCUUUCUGGAGAGUUUAACCAGCAGUGUAUCCUCAGCAGUCUUCAACAGUAUCUAUGCUGCUACAGUGGCAUGGUAUCCAGGCUUUGUCUUCUUGCUGGCAGCAGGACUUUGUGCCAUCCCUUUGUUUUUCCUCGGGUGAGUUCAUCAUGACAUAGCAAAACAUUAAAUGAAAGAAGAAGCAGUGUGAACAUUUUUUACAGAGUGCUAAAGCAUGACCUCAGCACAUAAUCAUACAUUUUCAGUCAUGUACAUAACCAGAAAUAUGGUCGUUAUUCUCGUAAAUGCCCCGAAAGUAAGCCAUCAAUUUCAAUUCCUGCAUUGUUUUAUCUAAGGUAGCUCAAAACUUUCUGCAACAAGUAGCUCUUUCCUGUUUUAAUAGGUAUUAAAAAUGGUGCAUUAAACACUCAUUCAAGAUCAUGGUGGAUUAUUAGAAGAACUGAAUUAGUAAUCUAUGGUGGUUUGUCCACAAACAUGCAAAGCCAUGGCAGCAUGUUUUUUAUUUUACUCCUGUGCAAACUUCAGAAAUACUUAUUUUUGACUGUCAGUAGCUACUUGCUGAGUUAUUGUAUAUUGAUUCAGUACUCUGUCCAGUUCACAGUUUUUUUUCUCCCCUUAUCAAUAUAAAAACAUAAAAACAGCAGUUUAUACAGUAUCCAGAUGCUUCAGCUGCAGAACUGUACUCUGUGAAUUAAGCUGCUUCAUAAACAGCUUUCUCUGCUGAGUCACUACCAGCUCAUUAAAAAAGAGAAAUGAUUGUUUUUUUGUAAGGGGGCAUAUGAAAACUAAGAAUACUUAGUUCGUAUUUAUGGUUUGUCACAUUUAACUUCCCUCACCAACUUAUUUUUAUCUAUAGAUAAAUGUUUGACAUGCACGCCUGUCUUGUCCUUUUAUAAUCGUCUUCAUUGUCAGCACAGACGCACAUUUACAAAGGAAAGGUGAAAAGGUCUCAGAGAAUUACUCUCCUAUUGCACAUUGUGUUCUUAUGCUAGUUUUGUUUCACUGGGUUUUCAAACAAGUACUGCUGAGUCAGCCUAAAAAAUGGAGUGUGAAACAUGAAACUCCGACAGGGUAUACACUUCUGUCACAUGUGCUGCGUAUUCCAAGUAGUCAAAGAAUAACAAAGCAGCUGGUUCAGUAACCUCAGUCCAACAGCCACAGCUAGACUUUAUAGUAAAAUCCCUAUUUCUGAGAAAAACUUGUUUUUGUUUAUUAUUGCAAAAGAAUAAAUAACCUCCAUAAACAAGAAAUUCCAUGUACAGCAAAUAAUCUGUUUGGUAAAGCUGCUUGAGUGCAAAAUCUAUAAUGGCAGUAACCUACUUACACAGUAUUCACGUUUUUUUUUUCUUAGAUUAUUUUGCAACUUCCUUUAUUCCAUGUGUUCAGCACUUUCUUUGCCCAGGGAAGUACCAGCAUUGAUACCUCUCCAUAAGACAUAAAUACUUGGUGUGCAGUUUUGGGCUGGUAUUUUUAUCUGUACAACUUUACAGAAGUCGGAAAACUUUGUUCUACUGUGCAUUAAAAUGGCUUUUAGUCAUAUUGAAAAUAUCAGUGAUUUUAAAAGCUUACAUGUAAGUGUAACUUGCAGACAAAGGUGUAGCUCAGAAAAUUAGAAGAAAAAGGUUAUUUGUUUCCCAUUUUUGGAUGUAAGUCAGAGGCCAUUACCAUCAUGGUUCAAACAAACAUUUUCAGAAAAGUCAUGAAAUAUUUCACUGUGUGUUUGAAUUCAGAAAAUAUGGAAGUUUCACUUUUUAAAAUAAAUUAACAAACUUUUUCAAGGCCAUUUUAAUUUUUUGGGUUGCCCCUGUAACUCUGACACAAAAAGCUAAUUUAAGUAGGUAAAGACACAAUAAACUUGCCAAAUGCCGACUGGUAUAUUAGUCGAAAAAAAGCUUAAAAUGAAGCACUUAUAGACAGACAUCCUGGACUUAUGUAUUUCUCUAAAGAUGUAAAAAUACUCAGACCAGUUAAACUUGAGGUUUAUAACCAGCUUGACCUGUGCAGUCUGCACAUAAAACUCAAAGAGCUUUCCCUGUUUAACUCUGACUCACACAGUUUCCCAUCAACAACAGUCUAGACCUCCAUUCUGUUGGUUUUGUAAAAAGACAUGAAUGUUUAAUUUGGUUUGUACUUGAAGCAGUUCAAGGAUUUAGCUACAAUAGUAAUUGGUUAAGACUACAUACAUCGGCAUCCCUUGUAUUUUCUGCCUCUCUGAUACCUGUAUUUUUAUAUUCCAGGGUGGUUGGGCUGAUAGGGGUGGAUGUCCCUGUAGGAAGAGAGAAGCCGGAGCCUGUCUACUCAGGGGAAGAGGAUCCUGUUGAAAACCUUGAUGAAAACAGUCCUCUUCUUAACUGAGCGGAACGGACUGCCAUACCCUCACCAGCACUUUGUUAAGUUCUUACAUCCUCUUUCAUUCCUGUUACUUUACCGAAAAGUAUCUCAGUGACUUUUUUAGAGGAUGAUAAUAAUGCAGGUUAUAGAUGCAUCACUUCAGUUUUAUUGCAGUGGGUGUUUUUACUUUUAAACUUGAUGAUUGUGUAAAAAAGAAACCAAAAGGGAGCGCAUUUCACAUUGUUUUGUUAGCCAUAUGCAGUAUGCCAAGAAUGUAGCAUGAAACUGAAGCAUAUCAAUGAAUGGAUGUUAUCAGUGUGCUGCAAAUCCAGGAAGCAAUCGAUUAUUAAUAGUGUGUGAGCAUUUUCAGAUAUUUUAAAAGUGGCCUUUAAGUGGCUUGACUGUGAAAUUAUUAGUACAUUUAGAAUGAGUUCUUGUGUUUGCACACAUUAUAUCAUGUGAUAUGAUUUGCAAUUUUGAAAAUAUUUUUUGUCUUGGAAACUCAUUUAACUAAGUUUAACUUUGUUUCUUCCAUCUCUGUUUUAGUGCAUUAUUUGUGAAUGUCUUUAAAACCAAAUCCACCAGCACUCAAACCUAAUAGGAAAUUUAUAGCAAUGCAUCAAACAUGCUCAAACAUCAGCUGUUACUAUAUGUCAAGUUUCUUUGUUAUUUUCAACAAAAUACUAAAACAAUUUUAAAAUAUAAUAAUAUAUAUUACAUAAAGCAUCUGAGUUUAUGCUUUAAGUUAAUGGCUACCUUCAAUUGCAGCUGACGUGAAGGAUCAUAAAAACGGAAAAGACUAAAAAGAAUCCUUAUGAUAGGAAAAAAGCACAUACAAAUAAAACCAUUAAAAUGCAAUAAUUGAAAAUACUCAUUAAAAGUUUUUUGAAGUAUGAAUGGGUAAAGAAUAUGAGGGACAUUAAUGAUUAUACGAUUAUCUGUGUAUGUGUGUGAAGUAGUAGAAUAGUUAGGGUGAAGGUUUGUGUUAAAAAUGAAACAAAUAACUUUGCUAAAUCAAAUGUUUUAAAAACAAAUGUUUUAAAUUUGGUGUUGCCUUUACUCUGCCAAAUUUGGGUUUUUCAAGUUGAAAAAUGACAAGAAUAAAAAAACCUGGUUGCUGAUUUUCUUGUCUAACAUUAUUCCAAAGGUUGUUCCAUAAGCCUAGAUUUUUUAUUCAUUUCUCCUUAAUAAUGCAUAUUUUCAAACAAAUCAAUAAGGAAUUGUAACUGAUUUGGUUUUCACCAGUGGUAUUUGUCUUUUUUUUUUUUACGUCUGUGAAAGUAAAAUGAAAAAUAAAACAAAAUAAAUUGUUUGAGGAACUGUU